AUCUGUUGCACGUGACUUUGAUCACAUGACGGACUAAAAAUGGCCGACGCAAACAACGACGAGAGAAGUCCUCUUUUACAAACUUCUCCUCCAGAAUAUUCUCAAAUUCCUUCCGGCCCUACAGUAACUGUAGCCCCUCUGGAGCAUGAUGAUCUCCCUCCUCCGUAUUCUCCAUCAACGGCGGGUGCCGUACCAAUGAUCAACUGCAAAGUUUGUCAAUCGAUGAUAAAUAUAGACGGUAAAGCUCAUCAACAUGUCGUCAAAUGUAGUGUCUGCAAUGAGGCAACACCCAUAAAAGCCGCUCCACCUGGAAAGAAAUACGUUCGAUGCCCUUGUAAUUGCUUGCUAAUUUGUAAAGGAUCGUCACAAAGAAUAGCCUGUCCGAGAAAUAACUGCAAAAGAAUUAUUAAUUUGGGAAAUCCAGCUGCUCCUAAUACCAGGCAAAGGACUCCGGGUACCAAUCGUGUAACUUGCGUUCAUUGUCAAGAUUCCUUUUUGUUUAAUAUAACUAAUAGAGCUUUGGCAAGAUGUCCGCAUUGUAGAAGAGUCUCGUCUGUUGGACCUAGCUACGCUAGAAGUCGAGCUAUUUUGUUUGCAAUCAUUGGUUUGUUUCUCAUAAUUCUUGGUAUUGGAGUAACGGUCGGAACGUACAGAAUAGCAAGAAGAUCGCCUGGAAUAUAUGUCAUAUGGAUAGGUAUUGGAUCUUGCGUCUUGGGUAUCUGCCCGAAUUGUACAUCAGCCUGCAAUUGUGCCGGGGAAUUACCCAGAGAUUGCAGUUCUGAUCAGAGAUUCUGUACAACUUGCGCGCCUGGUUUUAAAGAUCCACCUUGUUGCGAGACUCCAUGCUCAAUUGGAAAAUUUGGGGCUAAUUGCGAGUAUGAUUGCCAUUGUAAAAUAGGAGUUGUUUGCCUGCCAAAUAAUGGACAUUGUAUGGAUAAUUCGUGCGAUCCUCAAUGGUACGGAGCAGGAUGUCAGAUAAGAUUACCCAAGUUAACAACUCCACCAGAGAUUAGAAACCUCAGUUGUAAAUCAUUCAAAGUAGUUUGGAAGGCUUGGAAUCAGAUAACUGAUAUUGGUUCACCAUUUAUUUCAUCAUAUGUGCUGCAGCAAAGUUUAAACGGAUCGGCGUGGUUGAAUUUAUUAAAGAGGAUCCAUAAUCCGAAUGUAACCGAAUAUCAUCAACUAUUAAACAGUGGACUAUUAUUCUACACAGAAUAUAGAUACCGUAUUCUUACAAACCUUGACGAUAACGGAAAAGAACAGAUCGGAUUAUCAGGACCAUCGAAUGUUGCUUUUUCUUUACCAUCAUGCGAAAUUUUAACUACCGCAACACCAACUACCACUGUUUUAACUACUCAACCUAUUAAAUCCUCCUCGUCGUCGUGGAGUACAACGAAAACUAAAACUACCUCCACAACCAAAGUAACAAGCAAAUUUACAACAACUAAGCCUAUCAUUCCCACAACAGUUCCAUUAACUACACAAGAACCUACAACGACUGAAAUGGAGACAACAGUUCCAACCACAACAAUUCCGCCAUCUCCACCCUCUGCAAUUAGUAAUUUAACUGUUGUAAUUGAUCAAAGCGGAUCUGCGGUUGUAUUCUGGCAGCCAAGUAUAUCUGACCUGCCGCUUAAGGGUUACCAGAUCAUAUACGAACCGAUUGCCUUACUAGCAUGCCCGGCCGACUACACUUUCAACAAAAGGCCUAUUAAAAUAGAUAUUCCGCCUUCUACUUCUUAUCGAAUAGUCCCAAAUCUUUUGAAUAGUUUUACAAAGUAUCAGCUUAGAUUAGCAGCUAAAAAUCGGAUUGGUUUGGGUAAUGAAACUGAAACGGAAUUUUCAACUGCUCCAAAAGUUCCUGAAAAAUUCCCAGAAAAUAUUCAAAUACUCAAAGUUGACACCUUUUAUGCCUUAGUUGAGUGGACGCUGAUUGAUUGUUCCGAUUACAAUGGUAACGCUGUAGGAUAUGAAAUAACUACUUUAGACGAGAGUGAUCGAGUAGUUUUUCAAAAGACAAUAGAAGCCAAUAGUAGAACAGUUAACAUAACAGAUUUGAAAUUUCACACUUCCUAUAAAACUUCUAUAAGAUUUGUUAAUAGCUGGAUAAAGGGUCCAUCGUCGGAUUUUGUGCAAUUCCUAACUUUGGACGCUGAACCAGGUGCUAUUAGAAAUUUAAAUCGUUUCGUUGGAAAUGAUGGAAGGAUCUCUAUCAGUUGGAAUUCUCCUACUGUCAGGAAUCGACCAAUAACAAAAUAUCGAGUGUCGUAUAAGAAGAUUGGUUUCGGAAGUUGUGAAAUCAUUUCAAAUGAAAGUCCUAAAAUCAUUUAUUUCAAUGGACAAACAACUAGUAUUGUACUCUCGAAUUUAUCGGGUUGGUCUCGUUAUACAGUAACUGUUGAGGCGGAGAAUGAAUUUGGCCGAGGUAAAGGAAAUUCAAUUGACAUUUUAACACCCGAAUCUCUACCUAUUGGACAGGUGAAUGAUCUGAAGGUUGAAGUAGGAGCAAGGAAAUUGGCAUUGACUUGGAAGAAGCCAAAUUGCAACUUAACGAAUGGAGUUCUUGUUAGAUACGAUCUAAUAAUAAAAUCUCCUUUAUCGACUAUUAGGGAAUCAACAAAAUCAGAAGAGUUUAGUCUUGAUAGCAAUUUCGUUCAACCCUAUACCAAUUAUGAAUAUCAAGUAGCUUACGUUAACUCUGCAGGGAUAGGACCCUACACUCCGAAAAUAUCUGUUCAAACAAAACAGGAUUUUCCAUCAGAGCCUACUGCUUUAAGAAUAGAAUCUAUAUCUAACAUAUCCGCCGUUAUAUCUUGGUCUAGUCCAGUACAGAUAAACGGAGUACUUCAACAGUUUAGACUUACUUGGCGAAAGAUUAAUGGAGCAAGCUUAAGUCAAACUGUCAGUGGUUCAACGUUUGUAGCCAACAUAACUGAAUUGAAACCUUUCACAGAAUAUUUGAUAUCAAUUCAAGCUAGAACAGAUCCAGGAUUCGGUAGUGUAAGCCCGGAUUUUAAGUUUAAAACACUGCAAGGACUACCUUCCACCCCUGAAACUCCGAGGGUGGACUUUGCAAACGAAACAUGUUUUAAAUUGUCUUGGGGAGCGCCAAGUUACAUUCCGGGCGUUUUCAAUAACUAUCGCAUUGAAACUGAAAUUCUUUAUAGCUAUAGUACUCAAGAGAGACAGAUAAGAGUUCAUACAACCAGAAAUCUCCGUUCGGAAAUAUGCGAACUGUUUCACGCAACACAGUAUACAAUAGCCAUAUCCGCUUCAACGGAAGCUGGUUAUGGUCAAAAAAUUUCAUCUGAAUUUUGGACAGAAAUUGCAGAACCACCUCCACCGGCCACUCCAAUUUUUCAGGAUGCAACAAAUUCUACGAUUCGUGUUCAAUUAUUGCCUGCUGUUAUUACAACUGGUCCAAUAUCCAAUUACUAUAUAACUGUUCAAGGGGAAAGAUACGCAUCUUUGAAAUCGAACCUAUUACAAGUUCCUACUUCAUUCGUUAUCGGAGAUAAUAAAUUGUAUGGAAUUUAUAGGAAUCAAGCUUUAAGAGCAAAUUCUAAAUACAACGUUAGCUUGAUUCUGGAAUCGUUCUUGGAUGGAGUAACUAAAACAUCUGAGAGUAGGAAAAGUGAAUUUUCCACUGCAAAAACUCCAGAAGAACCAACUUUAGGCCCUGUUGUAGGAAAUGACGAUUCGAAUAACAAUCUCAUUUGGAUUAUAAUCUGCUCAGUAUUGGGUUUUCUUUUACUUCUUCUAUUAAUUAUAUUAAUAAUAUAUUUUUGCUGCUUCCGUCGUCGAAAAUCUGAGAUAAAAGAAGAUAAACAAACAUUAGCCAAAGAGGAAAGUCCUACUUGGCUUGAAUACUACGAAAAACAGCACUUACAAAAAUCUACUAAAAAGGUCAACAUCAAGUUUCCCAUACAUUGGACAGAUACUUUUGAUCCAAAUCAAAGUAGAAGAAUCUUACUUACAGCAAAGGUUCCAUCAGACGGGGCACUAACUUUUGCAGAAGAAUGGAAUAGACUACCAAAGCAACCAACUUCCCAAAUUAAAGAGGCUAUGCGUCAGGACAAUAGAGGAAGAAAUAGAUUUGACCUUUACCUUCCCUACGAUUAUAAUCUUGUCGUUUUGCCAAAUAAGAGACUUGGGGGUAUCAAGGGAGUCUUUAGAAAUAAAUCGACUUAUAUAAAUGCAAAUUACAUACAUAUGUAUGGUCAACAGCCAACUGAGGUUGGGGAAUACAUACUGGCUCAAUCUCCCCAUUCUCCUCAAACCAUCGAAUCAUUUUGGUCUAUGAUUCAAUCUGAAAGUGUUUCUACUAUUGUUAUGGUAGAGAGUCGACAAGAUUUUAAAGCGACAAAAUGUGAACGCUAUUGGCCUAGAUUAGGGGAGCACAUCGAAUACAAUGAUAUUGAGGUUCAAACAACUGAGGAGCUGGUAUUCGCCUACUAUACAACAAGAACCUUUGUGAUAUUUAGCUCUGAAGGUCAACGUCAAGUUCGCCAAUUACAAUUUACAGCAUGGUCCGAUCACGGCGUAUUGGAAGAUGCUAUUCCUUUCUUUAAUUUUUUAAGAACUGUUCGUAGGGCGAGUGAAUAUGAGAAUUCGAUUCUUGUUCAUUGUGCCACAGGCGUUAGUAGAUCCGCUGUGUUUAUUGCUGCCGAAUCAUUAUGGAGGCAAUUAGCUUCGGAAGGUGCUGUUAAUGUUUAUGAGACUGUCAAGAACUUUCGAGAUCAGAGAUUGAUGAUGGUUAGGACUUUUAACCAAUACAAAUUUCUAUACGAUAUUCUCUUCGAGGCUGGAUUAACCGAGUAUUACGAACUAGAGGCGGAUAAGGCUAAAAUGAAACAUAUUUAUAGGCUGUUAACUGCAAAGGAAGACGAUUUGAAUAACGGAUGUAUUCUUCGAAAACAGUACGAAGUGAUAGAAAGUCUCUGUGAUAGAAUUGACGGAGACCAUUUAACUGCAAAUAAUACUAUUAAUAAGAGUAAAAAUCGUUUUGAAAGUAUUGUACCUAGAGACCAUCAUAGACCUAGAUUGAGAAGCUCACCAAAUGACUACAUUAACGCUAUUUAUAUUGAUUCGCAUGUUCGAAAGAGGAUGAUGAUUGUCACUCAAACACCAUUAAGUUCAACGGUAGCUGAUUUCUGGACAUUAAUCUUUGACGAAUCAAUAGAAGUUAUUAUUGCCAUGAACAGUACUGAUUAUAAAGAGGAAUCGUGCGCUCUCUAUUUUCCUGAAACGGAGGGUGAAAGGAGGAAAUUCGGUGAUUCUCUUAGUGUUACUAACAAGGGAACUGUCAUGGAUACUCAUUUACUAAAAACAAAGAACUUUUUAAUUCAAAAAGGAGGUAUUGAAAGAACUGUUGAUAGGAUAGAAUUUACGGAUUGGGAAAUGUACGAAAAAACACCAGGAACUUAUGAAAGUUGCCUAAUGUUAAUACAAUUAGUCGAAGAUUAUUGGUCAAAUAAGGACAGACCUAUUCUAAUACAUUGCGUAGAUGGAGCGACACAGUCAGGAUUUUUUGCAACAUUGGUUAUACUCUAUGAACAGAUUGUAGAAGAUAUGAACGUCGACGUCUUCCAUACCGUUCGAAGCCUUAAAAAACGUCGCCCUCACAUCAUUAACAAUUAUGAACAAUACAGAUUUCUGUUCAAAUUUUUAUGGCACGUUAUCAACAAGCCCACAUUUCCAUAG